CUCCCCCUUCACUACAAAGUACAAAGGUUGCCUGUGAAAAUACUCGAAAGAAAAAAGAAAAAGAAAAAGAAAAAAAAAAAAAACAACCUUCCAUACUGCCCCUUCGCCGGCGUGAAAUCGGAGGAGUAUUGGGCUCGAAGCUUCUCGACUGUCGGAAAUGGCGAAUCUCCCCCAGUCCCUUUCCAUGAAUGCUGCCUUUGGAGGUCCUGGUCCAUCCAUCCCUGGUGCCACCGGAGCUCCACCGAACAAGGAGCGAAAAAUGGCUUCUUCAGAGCAGUUGGUCCUCGACCUCAGCAAUCCGGAUCUCCGGGAGAAUGCUCUCCUUGAACUUUCGAAGAAGAGGGAAUUGUUUCAAGAUUUGGCUCCCUUGUUGUGGAACUCUUUUGGAACGAUUGCUGCCUUACUGCAAGAGAUUGUAUCGAUAUAUCCCGUUCUUUCACCCCCAAAUCUAACCCCUGCGCAGUCAAAUAGAGUUUGCAAUGCUCUUGCUCUUCUUCAGUGUGUAGCCUCUCAUUCAGAUACAAGGAUGUUGUUUCUCAAUGCUCACAUACCACUGUAUUUGUAUCCUUUUCUUAACACAACUAGCAAGUCAAGACCUUUUGAGUACUUGCGCCUUACUAGCUUAGGUGUCAUUGGUGCAUUAGUGAAGGUAGAUGAUACAGAAGUAAUAAGUUUUCUUCUGUCAACUGAAAUAAUUCCUCUAUGCCUGCGUACCAUGGAAAUGGGAAGUGAGUUGUCAAAAACAGUUGCAACAUUUAUUGUGCAGAAAAUUUUGCUGGAUGAUGUGGGGUUGGAUUAUAUUUGUACUACAGCUGAGCGAUUUUUCGCUGUUGGUCGGGUUCUAGGGAAUAUGGUAGCAGCUCUUGCUGAACAGCCCUCCUCUCGGCUAUUGAAACACAUAAUUCGAUGUUAUCUUCGAUUGUCCGAUAACCCAAAGGCUUGCGACGCCUUGAGGAGCUGUCUUCCAGACAUGUUGAGGGAUGCUACUUUCAAUAGUUGCCUUCGGGAGGAUCCAACCACUAGGAGGUGGCUGCAACAGUUGCUACACAACGUAGGAAUGAGUAGGGUUCCAGCACUUCAGGCUGGAGCUGGAUUUGAUCACAUGAUGGUGAACUAAACCUGAAAUGUAUGUUUCAAAUUUUCAGUAUUUGUCAUAUAGUUUUACAGUUUGCAGCUUUGCUACAACUUAUUUAUUUUCUCUGCUGUGUUUAUUUAUUUGUAAGCAUGAUUUAGUUUUGUAGUUAGGGACGUUGUAUCUGAAAAAAAAAAAAGAAAGAAAAUUCAUUUAACUUGAACAAUGCCGUUUCUAGUGGAAGAAUUAUACAUGUUCAUAGUUGCCAAUAGAACUGCUUUUAGCUGUGUAACAUCUAAGUCUUAUCUACCAAAUAUUUUGUUUCAAUUAAGGGAAAAGGGUCUCUUACUUUGUUAGACAUUUUUUAGCAUGUCGAUGAAUUUAUUUUUAUUUAGUCCAAGGUCUGAAACUAUUACACUUUUAGUCUUAGGUUUUUAAUUUCAAUUUAGUCUCAAGGUUUUAAAAUGUCAAAAUUUUACUGUUGAGGUUUGGAGGCUUUUUUUUUCUUUUUUUUUUCAAAUUUCAAUUUUCAGUUUGGCCUAUAAGUUUCAUCAUUUACACCUUUAACCAUUUUUUCUGUAAGAAGAUUGAACAGUUAGAACGAUAAAGCACAAACAGAGAUGGGAAGAUCAGAUCUUUUUGACACUUUUUAUGUGAUUUAGUUUCUGAUAUUUGUUUGUUCUUUUUCUUGUCGAGCAGAAUUUCACUAAGUUACUGUGUUUGUUUUUGAUGCAGCCAAGUCUGUGUAGUACUUUAGGAGAUUUCUUUUACGAUAGGUCUUAGCCAUGAACCCUCCUUCAUAUCAAUUCAAGUGCGCAACUUACCAAACGAUCUUGAGAACAUUGAGCAUUUGUUCGAAUCUUUGUGGGUUCUAAGUAGCUCUUUGGUUUCCUACAACCCUACGAACAUUAGUUUUACCAUAUUCGCCUCAACAUUAGUUCCCUCUCAACAAUCCAUUCUCAAAAUCGUUGGGAUUUGUCUCUUCUUACAAUGCCAACUGAAGGAAAUGGAGAAAGGAAUGGUAGAGACAAGAUUGGAAUUUCAGAGACGAGAUCAAACCCCCACCUCGAGGAAUAGAUGUCGUGACAUUCAUUUAUCCUGUUAACUAGUGAAUUCGUUGUGUAUUUUUUAGUGCAUGAAAGCAUAAAUAGCUUUGAUUGGAAUAGUGUUUGUAGAUUUUUCUUUCCAUUACUUCACUUGGGUUGGGUGGAGUCUACCUGAUUGAUCGUCCAACGACAUGGCGGUUUAGUAAAUUGACGGUUUAGUAAAUCGAUUCCUAUGAAUUUAUUAAAUAAUUGGAAUUCUUUAUUCACAGUC